CAUCUAUUGGAGAACUUUUGUUUCUGCGCAUACCUGUAGUUAUCGUCCAUUUAUCAUUAUCGAGGUGAAAUCCUCACAAUAUGGUGAUAUUGAUUUUAGACCGUAUCGCCCAGCCCUACAUGUAGCUGUCUUUCUCUUUGCUUAUUGUUGUGUGUGUGGACUUCUGGAAUCACACAAGGUGUUGCAAUUCUCCUGUGAUUUCGUAACCUCACGAGAUCGGCCAUGUGGAACACUUUUGCUCCCGUUCCGGGUGGGAAUGAUGUCGUGGACAAAACGCCGUUACUCUAUGUUAUUACCGCUUUCACGGCCGGCGGAAAGAAAGGGUUACUGUCAGAAUCUGGUUAGGAUCAUCAUCGAGAUUAUCGUGGAUCGAAACCAAACUUCCUCCUAAAGAUUUAGUGAUUAUAAAGGAUGUCUUUCACUGACCAUGUAGUUUUUUAUUGAUAUUAAAGCGGAUGAUCUGUUUAUUGCACAGCUGGCCCAUGUCACCGCAAUGAAAGGAAGUGAUCACAAAGAUCUUCUGGAAGAUGAAGAUGAAGUGGAUGAACACCAGCCAUUCCCCUCACUGCCACAGAUUUUCCAAGCUGUUCCUGAACACGUCGGCUUCAAUAUCGAACUGAAGUGGAUCAGUCAGAUGAAGGAUGGAUCGUGGGACGGAAACUUGUCCACCUACUUUGACAUGAACUCCUUCCUGGACAUCAUCCUUGGCUGCGUUCUACAGAAAGGCGGAAAAAGACGGAUUAUCUUCUCAUGUUUCGACCCAGAUAUCUGCACCAUGGUUCGUCACAAGCAGAACAAGUACCCCAUCCUUUUCCUGACUCAGGGGAUUUCAGUCAGGUAUCCGGAGCUGAUGGACAUUCGCUGCCAGUCCACUCAGAUCGCCAUCAGCUUCGCUCAGAGCGAAAACAUUCUGGGAAUCAGCGCCCACACAGAGGAGCUGCUGAAGCACCUGGAUUACAUCAGGGAAGCUCAGUCUAAAGGCCUGGUGGUGUUCAGCUGGGGGGACGACAACAACGACCACGACACCCGGAGGAGCCUGCGGGCCCGGGGAAUCGACGGGCUCAUUUACGACAGCAUUUGUGAGGCCCAAGCAGAGCAGCCAAACAUCUUCCAGGUAGAGGAGCAGCACAGCCUGCAGGAAGUCAUCACAGAGGAGACCUUGAAGAGCUCCUCCUGCUCCUGCUACUCCAUCCCCUGCUCAUUGGUACCCUGCGCCGCCUCGCAGGCUCACGUUGGAAGUGCCGAAUCCGAUUCUGGCCUUAGCUCUUCAUAAAAUAAUCCCUCAGCUUCUACCUUCAUGAACAGUUUAUUAAACACACACACACACGCACACGGACCUAGGUAGGAUUUAGAAGAUUAAGUGGAAGCUUCUGCGCACUCAGAUAAAUGCCAAAAAAAGAUUUCUGUCUAUAUUUUUUUAAGUUGACCAGGAUGAUCAGGUGUUCCUUUUGGCAUCAGACGUAAAACCGCGUAGACCAUCUCCUCUCUCUUUCAUGUGGAUUUUAUUAAACCCUCAGAGGUUUUUUAUUUAUGCUUUUUAUUUAUAGUUGGAUUUUUAUGAAUUUAUGGAGAAAGAAGCCAUGCCAAACUUCAUUUCUCACACACCAGGACGGAGGUCUUUACAUGCUGGUGAAUUGGGAUAUUGCACAUUAGAGCGCAGGUUGAUGUUGCGUCGAAGUGAAACUUGAUAUUUUAUGGGUGAUGACUGAACUAUGGUGGUGCGGGAUUACAUUCUCUGCUAUGUAGCUGUGUGUUUGUGUUACCUGAUGUUCUCAAGUACCAAUCUGAUGCUGUUUCCUGAGGAAUUCUGGGUAAGAAUUGCUUUCUACAAACGGCGUGUGCAACUAGACGACGGUGCAGGUUUUACUUCCUGCUGGACCAACUUAACGCACUUCGAAACCACAUCAAUGAUUAGGUCCUCCUAAUGAGGAGGUUUAGUUGACUGCACUUGCAUCGACUUUUCUUGCCUUUGAGACUGUUUAUUGAUUAGCAUAUUAUUAUUAUUAGCUAUUAUGUCUUACACAAUUCAAACUGUACUGUAUAAUGUAGCUUACAUGUACCCAAUUAGAGGAAAAUAAUGGUUUAUUUGCACUCAGACCACAGCCUUAAAGGGUCAAUUUAAUUAUUUUGGUUUGUUUCUGCUUAAGGCCUUUGUGUUCAUCAGUAAAAAAUAAGACUCAGUCUUUAAACCAGUUUAAUUCUACAACACCACACAGACUGGUGCCACAUGAAUUCAGCAGUGAUGUCUGAAUCUGACUUUGCUGUGAGUUUUCUGUAUAUAUGUGUACAUACUAACACAAGUUGUUAAUAAAACCAACUCAUUA